AUGACCAUUUCCAACCAAUUUCUCGUCGAUAUCGGCACUCACCAUCUCGCCUUGUACACUCACGGACCGAAGCCCACCAGCACCUCGGACCCUGUGGUACUAUUCGUGCAAGGCGUAGGGUGCUCGAGCCUAGGCUGGACAGCCGUAACUCGACGACUUCCUUCGACGCUACGCAGCUAUACCUACGAUCUCUCCGUGGGACACUCCUGGGCCGGCGUCAUCAUUCAUGGAUUCAUCGCUCGAGGCAUCAGCAAUGUGCAGCGCAUCGCGGGAGUCGUAUUCGUCGAUGCCAACCAUGAGACUGCGCCGCUGGUCCUGGAUGUCAAUGACCCGGUUCUCCGGCCCAGGUCUUCAACGGAAUUGACUUUUACACCGCUUCGACGUGUAUGUGGCGGGCAGUCGCGGCGAAAAGAAGACGACGAGUAUGCGUCUAGCUUCCCGAGGCUGAGAGAAAAGAAUUUGAGCGAGGACAUGCCGCUGCUGAGAGACAAACCUGUGUAUGGGAUAGGAGGUACGCGCAGUCGUGACUGGAAAAGGAUGUACAAUGCAGCGGUGCUUAAAGGGAAUGGAGCGCCGGAGCAAAGGAGGCAUGUCGAAGAGAUGAUCCGCACGGCAGACGAGAAGAAUGAGUGCCUAAUGAAAGAGCUGGCCAAGGUUUCGACCAGGAGCAGGGUCGUCUUUGCCCGUGAGAGUGGCCAUUUCGUGCAGCUGACGCAGCCGGAGAUCGUUGUCGACGGAGUCAGAUGGGUGUUGGAGAAUACGGAGGUGUAG